CCUUUUAGUUUACUUACUAUGACGGUCUUCAUGUUUAGAGUUGUUGAUCUUUAUCUCGGGUAACUAUGCCACUUCUUCUAGAGCUAACAGUAUAUAUAGUCCGGUUGGGCCUUGUGCAAUAGGAAGUCAGUUGUAUUUUCUGCUGAUGUUUUCCUGUUAUUCACCCAUUUUAGUAUGUGGUGAGUCGUUAACUUGUCCUAUUAGAGUUUUAAAAAAAAUAGUUAUAUACAUCGUAGUUAUAUAUUAAUUUUACGAUAGAGUUCUCUUAAAUUAUUAGUGGAGGAUAGUGAAUUGAAACAUCUUACAAACUAAGAAUAAAUCGAAAUCAAUAGUUUAUUUAUUAAUUAAGAUAUCGCCUAUCAAUCUAUAAAAGAAUAAGUCUCAGAAGAUUGUACGGAUUUCUGCAAAAAAAAAAAAAAAAAAAACUAGGGAAAACUACAAUAAUAAUAGUCAUGGCUUCUCAACAGAGUCUAGUCGCUAAAUUACACAACAUACUCAUCAGACCAACAGACAUUAUAUAAAACUAGAAAAAAGGAGUACUUGGUAUCUUUUUACCAUUGUUUAAAUAGGUAAAUUGAAUGAAUCCUGAUAAAGAGUAUAAAGAGUAAAUUCACAUUAUUUUAAUCUUCCCUCAUUAUAUUUUGUCUUUUGACAAUGUAUCAAACUCUUAAAUCCAACUCCUUUCUUUUUGUUUUAGUCAUCAACGAUUAUCCCUUCAUAUUCAGCUCCUCCGUUGAAAACCGCGUUGAAAACCUAGGAAUCACCAUUACAAAAAACAUAUCCGGCCAAAUACUACAAUUAUCAAAAUUAAAUAAUGUAUACAACAUCUUUAGUGAAAAUAAAGAAGAAACAAAAAGUAAAACCAUUUUAAAAAUGCAAACAUUAUUGAAAUGAAAAGAAAAACAGAAAUCGGGGGAAACAGAUUUUAAAAAAAUGGUAAUAGCACUAUGAGUUGAUUCUUAAAAUUAAAACACAAACAAUUUCAACAACCAUCUAACUCAACCAAAAUUUGAUUCCUAAAAUUUAUUUCACUUCAAUUUAUUGAAUAAAUAAAUGAAUAAAGGAAUAUUAAAAUAUCUUGGGCGAAAAUUAAAAUGUGAAGGUGUAUAAAGUACAGAAUCGCCGGAUCUUGUUAUUCUGGGAGUGGACCACAUGUUUGAACUGUAGGAGAUUGUAGAUGUAGGAAGGGUGUUUAUCAUUUAGAAUAGGUAAGAUCAAAGGAAAUAUUGUGCCAUUUUAAUUCGCCGUAAACGUAGGACACGUGAGACCGCCUCGAAGUACCGGAGCCAAAUCUUAAUAAGUUCACAAGCCGCUUCAAUCUAUCCUCGAAUACCAUCCGGAUGGGAUGCCUCUGUAAACCACACAUCCUUAGUUAAACUGGGACAAAAUAAGAGAGGAUGCAAGGAGCUUGCCGAUAGGUUGUGGGGGUAGGUGAUAGGAGCAAUGAAAUAACAUUUAACAUGUUUACUCUAUUCAAAAGAUACCAAAUGUAAUUCUUUUCUAGUUUUAAAUAAUGUCUGUUGGUCUGAUGAGUAUGCUGUGUGAUUUAGUGACUCAACACUGUUGAGAGGCCAUGCACUAUUACUAUUGUGGUUCUCUUUAGUUUGUUUUUGUUUUGUUUACAGAUUAGGUACACUCUUCCGAGAUUAAUAAAUGAACUAUUGAUUUCAAUUUAUUCUUAAUUUGUAAAAUGGUUCAAUUCACUAUCCUCUACUAAAAAUUUAAGAGAACUCUAUCCUAAAAUUAAUAUAAAACUACGGCAUAUAUAACUAUUUUUUUAAACUCUAAAAGACAAGUCGACAACCCACCACUUGCCACAAGGUGUGAAUAACAGGAAAACAUCACCAGAGAAGUACAACAGACUUCCUCUUGCCCAAGGCCCAACGGGACUAUAUAUACCGGUAGCUCUGGAAGAAGUGGCAUAAUUAUCCGAGGUAAGAGAUCAACAAGUCUAAACAUGAAGACCGUCUUAGUUUGUCUGUUUCUGGCUGGAAUCGCAGUCGCCCAACAUGGAUAUGGUUGGGCAGGAUGGUCCGGUAAUGGUCUCGUCGCUCCAGCAGUAGCAGCGCAUGGAUUGGUCGCUCCAGCAGUUGCCGCCCCGCGUUUCGCAGCUCCAUCAGACGCUGGUCCCGCAGCGGGUGGCCCUGCCUCACCUGGAUAUGUAAACAGACUUCUUGCAAAUGCCAUAGCACGCCAUAAUACUCCAUGGGGCUCUAUUGGACACGGACACUCGCUCAGAUAUGGACCUCACUACUACCAAUAAACAUUGCAUGUAUAUGACUGAAUAAGGCUAAUGAAAUAAACACUUUGUUAUAAACUUUUUCAUUAAUAAAGCAAACUCUCGAACACAAAUAAUUACAUUCCUUUUACUAGAUGAGCAGAAUAUCCUUAU